AUGAACGUCGGUACACAAACAGAGGGAAUGGUCACGAAGUGCUUUUCACAGCAGACGGGAGAUGACAUAGGAGAAUGGGAUAUAGGAGAGGAACAGACCCUCGUUCAAGAAAUAAAUGUCUCAGAACUGAAAGCGAUGAUAACUGGAGACGGGGAAGUAAUGAACAUAUCGGUAAACCAAUCGGCUGUGACCAAGAAAAGGACACAGAAUGCUCAAGUACAAACCGGCAAAUGGGGAAAAGACAAGGCGAUACAGACGGAUUGGGUACUCCGAAAAAUUGAUAUCGAGGAUUCCUGGAAAUCGGACCGUGAGGCUCUUCUCCAUUUCCUCGGACGCCACAAAUUUUAUGCGAGUCUCAAAGAAGAAUUCAAGGUACCAGAUCUAAUUACUCCUAUAGAAAAUCUCGACCCGGAAGAAAUGGCCGAAGAAUCAAAGAAAUGGAGGGUAGGAGAAUUCAAAUGGAAUUUCGAAUGGGGAAACGAAGAACAAAACAAGGGGAAAACACAAAAUCAAAAUAAUGAUGAGACUAAAGGAAGGAGGGACAAAAAGGAAAAAAAAGAUAAAUCAGAGAAAACCCUGGAAAUAAACUUUGAAAAAAAAAAGAAGCAGAAAAAGGAGGACUCGGAACCAAACUUUAAUGGAAGAAAUCAAAGGUAUCUUGAGACAUUACUCGCGUAUCUGGACGCCGAAGCAAAGGAAAAAGAGGAAAUAUCCUUUGACAAAAGCGAAUGGAUAGUCGCAAUGAAGAAGGAUAUUCCCCGUCAGCAGAAUGGGUACGACUGCGGGGUAUUUAUUUGCCAGUAUGCCAAGUACGAGGUCGCAAAAAGAGAAAUGAAUUUCUCGCAAAAGGAUAUUCCCCAAAUUCGAAUAAAAAUGAUGGAGGAACUUCAACAAGGAACUCUUCAAAACUAA